CAGAUUCCCUGAUCUCUCCAAGAAAUCACAGGAUAUAAACUGCUGCCCAAAAGCAAGCCCCGGAGAACUUCAAUAACCUCCAGGAAAGCUCUGAGGUUAGGGAGACUAGCACAGCCAAAGAAGACAUGAGGAGUCUGCUGGCACUGCUGAUCGUGACUCUGGCCCUGGCAGCAUUCUGCUGUUGUGAGGAAGAUCCCAAAGAACCCUCAGGAUCUCUCAGCGCUGACAGCAUCAAGAUUAAAAAAGAAGUUGCCAAUGCCUUUGUGAAGAGGAGGAAGAGAUCCAGCCCUUACGAAUGGUACUUGGAGUAUUAUAAAAGUCCGAUGGAGCAGAUGCAUGAGCGCUGUGAAAACUACCCCCCCUGUGACUAUCUCUCUGACCAAGUGGGAUUUGCCUUGGCCUACAACCGCUUCUUUGGGAGAUACUGAGGAUGGGAAGGCUUGGAACGCUCUUUUGCCUUGGAACACUCCAAACCCCACAGGAGAAAGAAGCUGUGGUUGGGAAGGAGGGAAGGAAAGCAUCUGGACUGCACCUUCUGUUGUCUGGAACACCAAGGCAGGGAUUAUCCCAUUUGUUGAGCUUGCAUUAACUUUCUUCCUUUCAUCAAUAAAGUUUCUCUUCAGACAUCUUUUGUGGUAUUUUGAGCUUCACCAGAAGACUCUGUCUUAUUUCCUUCCACCUGAAUCCCCAGCACACAAUUUGUGGAAAAUAGGGAUUAGCUUCAAGAAAACCACUGCAUUCAUUAGCAACAGCACUAGAUCUCUUAUCCUCUUCUGCAAAAUACAGGAGGAUUAUGGAAGAAAAGGACAUGGUGUGUGUAAAUAUGAUGGAUCUGAUCCUGGGAUGCUCACUGUGAAGAAGGAAGAAAACCUGCCUCCUGUUCCAAUUAGUGGGAAAGUUCAGUAUUUUCAUGUAGAAUAAUCACAUUAAAUAUCCACCACAGUAGGAUCAUUUGUAAAGACAGAAGUGUGCAAAUACUCUUGCAUAAAUAGCAAUCAGCUUCUGGUACACUCUUCUGAUUACUCUGUCAUAAAAUUUGCUGUAUAGCAACAAUAAAUAAAUCCCAAUAGGUGUGUUUAA